ACAUUGAAAGCUCCAUCCCUUACAAUCCAUUCAUUCAAAUGGCCCCAAACUCUCAUUACUCCCUCAUGUUUCUUCUAUCUCUAACUCUCAUCCUCCAAUCCUCAUCAUCCCAGCUGACCCAAAAUGCGAUUGAUCCAAUUUACAAAGUGUGCAGCCAAACAGCCUACGAUGAAUUAUGCGUCGCUUGUCUCGAAUCAGAUCCCCGAAGCUCAACCGGAGAUUUGAAUGUCUUUGUCGAUAUCCUGAUCAACCUCGCAUUAUCAAAUGUUACAAAUACAUAUCCAUACAUAUCUAAGCUCUAUAACGAAACCUCCGAGCCUACAAUGAAGAGUUGCCUCAAUCAAUGUUUGAUCAUGUAUGAAGAUGCUAUCUAUGAUCUUGAAGACGCGCUCACCUCUCUCGCUGCAAUGGACUACUCCAAGCUGCAUCGUGACAUGGCCGAAACGCUCGAUGUUGCAUUAAUAUGUGACGGCUGUUUCACUGCACCGCCAUUCCCUAAAUCGCCAUUGACACAACAGACUUUGUUCUUGAUACAGCUAUCCAGUAUCACUUUGGCGAUCAACGAUAUGCUCGCAAGUUCUUCAUAGAAUUACCAAGGCUUUAUCUCAUUUCUUCUACUUUGUAAUAGUAUUUUACCGUCUUAGGCCGCGUUUGGAAGAAUAAGUGAAUAGAAUUGCAAUAAUGAAUGAUGUUUACAAGUAUUUAUAAUGAA